ACGAUUUCCUUCAUUAGUGUGGUUCUGAGCUUGUGGCACAUGUGGUCAUGUACUGAUGCGAAAGGGCCGUGUUUGUUUUCCUGAAUCAAAACUCGUAGUUUCUGACACUGAAAAUUCAACAGUUGUUUUUUAAUGAGUAUUGUCAUUUGACCCCUCAUCCUAAAAUGACGAGAAUAAUUGUAAAAAAUCUUCCUCCCUCGGUGUCAGCACAAAAACUAAAAGAAACUUUCAGUCAAAAAGGACAAGUUACAGAUGUUCAACUGAAAUAUGACAAAGAUGGGAAAUUUCGACAUUUUGGCUUUGUUGGCUUCAAGAAUGAUGAUGAAGCAGAUUCAGCCUUGAGUUAUUUUAACAACACAUUUGUAGGAUCCUGUAAAAUUCAGGUUGAAAGAUGUGUCAAUUUAGGAGAGAGUUCUAAAAUGAAAAAAGAAAAAAAAGCCCCGGAAGCUAUUUCUGCCCCACUUCUUACACAGAAAGUGAAUCCAGUAAAGGAGGACACAAAUAAAAUACCAGAAGAUCCAGAAUUUGCAGAAUUUCGGGAAAUACAUUCCCAUAACCAAAAGGACAAGAUAUGGGAUAAUGAUGGAAUAGAUGGUUCUGUGCAAAAACCUAUUUCAAAUGAAGAUGCCAGUGAUGCAAAAGAAGAAAACCUGAUUGAAACCAUUGCACACAAAAAAGAUCUCAGUGAUUUAGAGUAUCUCAAAUCCAAAGUUGUAGGUGGAGCAGAAAGCAGUGAUAAACCAGUAAAACUAUUUACAAAGAAAGAAAAAGCUCAUCAGGACUACAUGCACUUGAAAGUCAGGGGAUUUUCUUGUCAAGUAAAAAAAAAAGACAUCAAAGAGUUUUUUGCUCCUCUUAAAUUGGAUUCAAUCAGGCUACCUCCCAAAGUGAAAGGUGUUGCAUAUAUUGGUUUUUCCUCUGAGAAAGACAUGAAAAAAGCAUUGAACAAGCAUAGAAGUUUCUAUGCUGGCAACAGAAUAAGUGUUGUUAAAUCAGAGAAAAAAAUUAUUUUGGAUGAAGAACCAAAAAGUCAAACUAAAAAUGAAGCCUGGGAACGACAAGAAAACGAUAUGAAGAAGGAAGAAACUGUUGCCGAAUCUGGCAGAAUUUUUAUUCGUAAUUUGGCUUAUACAGCAACCGAAGAGGACAUAGAAGCUCUGUUUUCCCGAUAUGGGCCGCUAGCUGAAACCCAUCUUCCAAUUGACAAACACUCUCGGAAAAUCAAGGGAUUUGCUUUUGUGACUUACGUCAUUCCUGAACAUGCUGUCAGAGCUUAUACCGCUCUCGAUGGAACCGCGUUCCAAGGUCGAAUGUUACAUUUGAUUGCCGGCAAACCUAAAGCAACUGAUGACGAUGAUGCAGAUGGUGAAGGAACCAGUUACAAGAAGAAAAAAUUAAAAGAUCUCAAAAAUAAAGCUGCAUCAGCGCAUAACUGGAACACUUUAUUUCUGGGCACCAAUGCGGUAGCUACUUUGAUGGCUGAGCGUUAUUCGACAACCAAACAGCAGGUUUUAUUAGAAGGAGGAGACGGUCAGCAGCAGAGUGUGGCCGUACGGUUGGCUCUGGGUGAAACGCAACUUGUAGCGGAAACAAAACAGUUUCUUGUUGAUAAUGGAAUCCAUUUAGACGCAUUUCAAGACGCACCUAAACAACGAUCCAAAACAGUGAUGUUGGUAAAAAAUUUGGAUGCUCAAUCAAAUGUUGACGAGCUUCGCGAUCUUUUCAGCCCUUUCGGUGAAUUAGGUCGUGUUCUUUUACCACCACGUGGCGUAACUGCUAUUGUCGAAUUUCUUGAACCAACGGAAGCUAAAGCAGCUUUCCGUAAGUUGGCUUAUUCGAAAUUUCGUCACAUGCCUUUGUAUCUGGAAUGGGCUCCAAUGGAUGUUUUUCGAACGGCUGCUCAACGCGUUGAAUCUAAACCUUCUGAAAAUAAAACAAAAGUCAAAGAUGCAAGUGCAGUGGCUACUUUAGAAGAAAAUAAUCCAAUUCCUUCUGAUAAAGUUGAAGAACAACCUGAACAGGAUACCACAGUCUUUGUUAAAAAUGUUAACUUUGCGACUACCGAUCAAUCGAUGCGUAAGCAUUUCGAGUCUUGCGGACCCAUUUUUUCCGCAACUGUGGCUCGGAAAAAAGACCCGAAAAAUCCUGGCCAGUUUUUAUCGAUGGGUUAUGGAUUUGUUCAGUUUUUGUCAAAAAAAGCUACAGUUACAGCUUUAAAAGAAUUGCAAAACUCAACGUUGGAUGGUCAUACAAUUGAACUGAAGCGUUCAAAUCGAACUGAAAAUAAGGAAGAAACGAUAAUUACUGCGAGAAAAACUUUGUCGACAACUAAAGAACCGAUAUCUAGUAAAUUACUUGUUAGGAAUAUUCCGUUUGAAGCCACGACCAAGGAAGUGACUGAACUCUUCAAGCCAUUCGGUGAACUAAAGGCAGUUCGUUUGCCAAAAAAAAUGGCUGGAAAUCAAUCACAUCGUGGUUUUGCAUUUAUAGAUUUCAUCACAAAGCAAGAUGCUAAAAGAGCAUUUGAAAGUUUAUCAGCAAGUACUCAUUUGUAUGGACGACGUUUGGUGUUGGAGUGGGCGGCUAGCGAAGAUACGGUAGAAGAUGUUCGAAGAAGAACAACUUCCCAUUAUACUGAAGGACCACCUACAAAACGCAACAAGAAAUUGGAAUUACCUGCAAACGGAAUAGAAUCUGAUUAGUUGUAUGGUAGAAAACGGAGAUGCCGUGUUCCAGAAAACGACAGUAAAUAAAUAUUUCGCCAAUU